UUUCCAACAGUUCGCGCCGUCUGCAGUAUUCGCAUGUGCGCGCUUUCGAAGUUAUUUAACCAAAAACGUGUGUGAACUUUGUGAAAGUUUAGAAGAUGGAGAAGUCUGGACAGAACUAUGAUGAAUAUUAAACGGAUUAAGGUGCAAAUCAACUUAAGACAGACGAGUUAAACUAUUCAAGAUGGAGGAAAAGAAGCAGUAUUCGGCUCUGACGAUCGACCGGGCGGCCUUCCUGCUACUGCGUGUCAAAAAGGCGUUCAAGAAAAAGAAACUCCAGAGGAAGGAGCGCGAAAGGAAUGCCCAGCUAGCGGCAAGCCGAAUCGAUCAAAGGGCAUCGUGUGCCGGCCUGGAAGGCGCAGGGCGCACCGGAAGAAAACCACCGCCAUUAUUAAGAUCCCGUACUUUACCCGCCAUUGUUGUUCCGGGGGUGAACAUUCUGCAAGCUCAACUCGGCAGCUAUUCGCCAGACAUCCAGCAGAGCGCGCCAAGCCGUCCCGGUUUCUCUUCGCGGUUCCUCUCGGCGAGGGUGUCCUUCAGCCGGGAUGACACCGUGGCCUUGGACAUGCGGCGGAAGUCGGCCGUCAGCCGGCUCUGCGGCUCGGGGAAUUACGGCCCGGAAAGGGGAGCCGACGGCACCUUGUUACUCAGAGUGCCGGCACCGCACGUGGUGGCCGCCAGAGCCUACAGGAUAUCGAGUCCUAGCAGCAGCAGUACUGCUUUGUAUAGGUUAGGGAAGCUGCUGAAUCAAGGCGGGUCUAAAAAUCAGGUCGUGGUGGACGAUUCCAACGUGCCGAGGAGGCUCAGCUGGGAGAGGAGAGACACCCUCAACUCGCGCCUGCCCCGCUCCUCCAGCAUCGACUCCAUGGUGGAGGCCGUCUGGGCCGAGAGCGUGGAGGCCGCCGCCGAGCCGGCCGCCACCCCCGAGAAGCGGCCGUCAUUAAGGCCCGACAGGCCCUUGGCGCUUGUAUCUCCUUCCGUCGGCCGCCGGAUGAAAGGGCAGCGUGGGAUUAACGUCAUGAAGUUUACAAGUCGACGCUUUAUGAAAAGACAAAGGUCAAAUGGGUAG